UCUCACAAUAUGAGAUGAUUGAAAAACCCGUUUCUUUUCUCAAGUUUCCAAAUUAUUCAAUCAAUCUUCCCACAAAUCAUAAUACAAUACAUGUUCAAGCCCCCAUAUUCUUUCUCUUUCCUACGUGGCACACUCACAAUGCUUUAUUUUAUACUAUCUGAAAGCCUUUUUUUUCUCAAUUUUUCAAAGCCUUGUGCGGUUCUGCCUUACAAUUUUUGAAAGCUUCUUCAUUCUCUAUUAUUCAGCCGUUACUUUUCUCAUACUUAUCUCACAAUAUGAGAUGAUUGAAAAACCCGUUUCUUUUCUCAAGUUUCCAAAUUAUUCAAUCAAUCUUCCCACAAAUCUCAAACAAUCGGCGCUGUAAUUGAGAGAUUCAGUCUCUCUCUCUUUCAAUUUCGAUGGCACAAAUUAGAGAUGUGCUUCAUCCAUGGCUGCAAACGCCUCUUCUCGACAACUACAGAUUCAUCCAUGGCUGCAAACGAGGCAGAUUCAGUCUCUCUAUCUCUUUCAAUUUCAAUGGCCCAAAUUUGGGAGGUGCUUCAUCCAUGGCUGCACCCCACGCUACAGAUCCAUGAUUCAAGCCUAUUCCUCUACAAGUGGGCUUUAGAAAUUGCAGAGAGAGGGAAAAGUUGCAUGUCAUUUUUCAUCCUUGGAGCAACAACAGGAAAACAGAGGGACUUUGGAGGAGUGGAGAAGGGAGAUGAUCAGGCUACACGGCUUGAUCCUCGGAAAAAAAACAUUAGCUCAGAUUUUUCAAGAUGACUCUUUUAGGGAGUUUGAGUUCAGGUAGUAUUUAUUUGCCUGUCAAGCUAAGGUAUGAAAGUUAAUCAUAAACAUGCUUAGGUUUGUUUCGUAAUAUGUGUCAUGUAUGCCAUGAUGAUCUAUCAUAAUACAGGCUUCCCUUCUAUUAUUAUGUUUUUCUACUACAAUAUUUUUACAUUAAGAAUUAUGUUGUGGAUAUCUCAAUGAAUUGGUUGUUCUAUGUGACAUAUUCUCUUUGUUUUUCUCUAAAAAAAAUUAUUACUGCUUUCAUUAUCUUUUGCUUUAACCUUCACGCAUGCUCCAAAAAGGGUUUCUGUGACUUCAACUUCUCUUUAAAUUAAAACGUCCAUUUGAGGUUGCAUCAUUCUUUCAUAAUCAGCUUCUCAGGGGCAUUAGCUUUGCAUGAGGUAUUAGCAUUGAGUUCUGAUGGAUUCUUAUCUUAAUUACAUUGUGUUGAAUUUUUCGCCUUUUAUGUGUUGGGUUCUCUCAGAGUAUGUUGCCAUUUUGUAUGCGUGAAGUCUGGGUAAUCACAGCUUGCUUGGCGUUAAUCGGUGCAACUGCUUCUAACUAUGAAGAUGGAUUAGCAGCACCUUAUGUUGAAAAGGAGUUUUACUUGGUCCAAGGGGAGUUAUAUACUUUAGAAAAGGUAACAAUGCAAUUUCAUAAGAGUAGUUUUAGAAAACUGAGAGUGUAUAGUAUCUCUCUGUUUCCUUGCCAAUACAAGCGCAGAGAAUGUACAUUUGCCUGGAAGUUGGUCAUGAAAUGCUGAUAUUUGCUAGCA